AUGGGCAAUGCGUUGGGCACCAAGAAGACGCUGAAGGAGCAACUGCGCGAGAACAAGCGUGAAAUCAACCGCGCAGUACGGCAGUUGGACCGAGAGCGCACAAAUUUGCAGAUGCAGGAGAAGAAACUCAUCAUCGAGAUCAAGAAAAUGGCCAAACAAGGUCAAAUUGCCAGUGUCAAGAUCAUGGCCAAGGACUUGGUGCGCACGCGCCAGCACAUCACCAAGUUCUACACUAUGCGCUCACAGCUGCAGGCGGUCUCGCUGCGUCUUGAGACGGCCAAGUCAGCCGAAGCCAUGACGUCAGCGCUGCAGGGCACUACCACGGCCAUGAAGGCUAUGGCGUCCACUAUGAACCUGCCCAGACUCAACCAGAUCAUGAUGGAGUACACCAAGGAGAGUGAGAAGAUGGAAAUGACGCAGGAGAUGAUAGGAGACACCAUCGACGACGUCAUGGACGCCGAGCAGGACGAGGAAGAGGAGGAGAAGAUCGUUGGACAAGUGUUGGACGAGAUAGGCAUCGAUAUGACCGGAGCCGUGCCCGAGGCCCCGACAGCUCAUGCUGCGCCCACUGCAGCGGUAGCACAAGCGGCUCCGGCGGUGGCGCUGCCACCUGCUGCUCCCGUGGCAGCUGGAGGUGGUGGCUCGACGGAUUCGGCCAUCAGCGACCUUGAAGCACGCUUGAACAAUCUGCGACGGUCGUGA